CGCCGCUGGAUCUGGACAAGGUACGGCAGUGCAAGUACCUUCCCGAGAACGACCUGAAGGCAGCAGGUAUUCUGGGACAAAAGCUCAGCUGGGUUAGCAAGAAACCUUAUCCUCAAAGUUUGGGGCUCAAAGUACUGUACUGCAAUUGCUGUCAGGCUGGAGCGAUUCUGACAUCCUACUGUGCUUACCUUGGCAUAUGAACUUCCCACAGACAACAUGCAGGUGGUGCUCUGCCGACUUCGGACUCACCAGUGGUGUUUCGUUCUCUUUAACGUCGUACUGUUUCAUGCCUUGCUCUUUGGAGCUCACUUUGUAGAAGAGUACUUCUUACACACUUUGCCUCAUGUAGAUAUGAAAAUUCUCGACAUCAAGAACAAGGCAAGAACAUUGAACCUGGAACCUUUAAGAGGUAAUCCCUCCAAAUAUUAUGUCCUGAGCCAGCCGGAGGUGUGUAAUGGGAAAACCAUCUUUCUGCUCUCUCUUAUCUUCAGUAGCCCAGGGAAUGGAACAAGACGGGAGCUCAUCAGGAAAACCUGGGGUAGUGUGACCAGUGUCCAAGGCUACCCAAUUCUCACGCUGUUUGCUCUGGGAAUGCCAGCAUUGGCAACCACGCAGGAAGAGAUAGAUGCAGAGUCUCAGAAGAAUAACGAUAUAAUUGAAGGGACCUUCCUGGACAGUUCUGAAAACCAAACCCUGAAGAUCAUCUCAAUGACCCAGUGGGCUGUGGCCUUCUGUCCCGAUGCCCUGUUCAUUCUCAAAGCUGACGAGGAGAUGUUUAUCAAUCUUCCAGGCUUGGUAGACUAUCUUCUCAAUCUGAAAGGCCACCUGGAAGGUAUCUAUUUAGGAAGAGUUAUUCAUCAGGAUAUACCUAACAGAGACCCCCAUAGCCAAGAAUUUGUCCCUCUUAGUGAGUACCCCGAAAAAUACUACCCAGACUACUGCAGUGGUGAGGCCUUUAUAAUGUCCCAAGAUGUGGCUCGGAUGGUGUAUGUGGUUUUGAAUGAAGCACCUCUUAUGGUGCCCGCUGAUGUAUUUGUAGGGAUAUGUGCUAAGUUCGUGGGCCUUAUACCUAUCCACAGUUCAAGGUUUUCUGGGGGAAGACACAUCACAUAUAACAGAUGCUGCUACAAGUUCAUUUUUACAUCCUCAGAAGCUACAGAUGCUGAAACUUCCCUGGCAUGGAAAGAAAUGAAUGAUGGGAAAGAGUGUUCACUGUUUGAGACUUAUUACGGGCUCAUUUCCUGCAAGCUUCUGACAUACCUUGACAGCUUCAAGCAUUUUCACACGGGGAGUGUUAAAGACCGUGCUGUGUAUUUUGGUGAUUAGUGUUCACUCACUGUUAGAUGUCUUCAUCUUAAAUUCCUGCUUUCCUAUUACAGAUGGCAACUCUCUGGGCCCAUGUUAUGUAGCUUCUCUGAACCUUUAUUCCUACCUAGCAAAACCACAAGAUGUUCUUAGUGUUCUGAUGUACUCAGUCUUGACAUCUUGAUUUUGAUGUUUAAGGCAUUUAAAAUAGGAUGGUGUGAUACUUUUCAAAAUAAAAUCUUUCAGAAAAG